CUCGGUUAGUCUUGGUCAUGGGCUUGGUCGGGCCUCGUCUGUCUGUCCGUCGUCUGCUAGAAUCAACACAACAUUCCACAACCCGCCACAUAUCUUUUCUUUUUUCCAUAUUUUAGGCCUCCUGGGCGGCCGACACCCUUACAACGAUGCCACAAUCUUGAAUAGAGGCAUGGUUCAAGGUGCAGAAGGAAGGAUGAAGAGCAGCAGCGCGGCAGCGGCAGCCGAGGCUGUCAAGGUGGUGGUGCGGUGUAGGCCUAUGAAUGAGCAGGAGACGGCCAACCAGCAUGAGAGAGUGGUGGACAUGGAUGUGGACCGAGGGGUUGUGGAGCUGAGGAACAUCAAGGCGGCCGACACGGACCCUCGCAAGACCUUCACCUUCGAUGCCGUUUACGACUGGAAUUCCAAGCAGCAGGAACUCUAUGAUGAAACCUUCCGGCCUCUUAUCAACUCUGUGCUCAGUGGGUUCAAUGGGACCAUUUUUGCGUAUGGUCAGACAGGCACGGGGAAGACUUAUACAAUGGAAGGUAUCAGGGACGACCCGGACCAGAGGGGCGUCAUACCCAACUCAUUUGAGCACAUCUUCAGCUACAUUGCCCGCUCCAGCAACCAGCAGUUCCUCAUCAGGGCAUCCUACCUUGAGAUAUACCAGGAGGAAAUCAGGGACCUGUUGGGGAAGGACCAGAAGCGGCGCUUGGAGCUGAAGGAGCGGCCUGACACGGGGGUCUUUGUGAAGGACCUGCAGCAGUUUGUGUGCAAGAGUGUCAAUGAGAUCCAACAUGUUAUGACGGUUGGAAAUCAAAACCGCGCUGUGGGGUCAACGAACAUGAAUCUACACAGCUCCCGGUCACACGCCAUCUUCAUAAUCACCAUCGAGUGCAGCACCAUGGACGAGAAGGGCCGCAGCACCAUUAGGGUCGGCAAGCUGAACCUGGUGGACCUGGCAGGCUCGGAACGGCAGUCGAAAACAGGCACUGCGGGGGAGAGGUUGAAGGAGGCAACCAAGAUCAACCUCUCACUCUCGGCUCUGGGCAACGUCAUCUCGGCUCUGGUGGACGGCAAGAGCACUCACAUCCCUUACAGAGACUCCAAGCUCACCAGGCUCCUUCAGGACUCCCUCGGUGGCAACUCCAAGACAAUCAUGGUCGCCAACAUCGGACCCGCCAGUUACAAUUACGACGAGACCAUUACCACCCUCAGGUACGCCAACAGGGCCAAGAACAUCAAGAACAAGCCCAAGGUGAACGAGGACCCCAAAGAUGCAAUUCUGAAGGAGUAUCAACAGGAAUUGGCGCGGCUUAAGGCCCAGCUGAAGCAGAGAGGAGGAAGGAAGAAGAAGAAGAAGAAACGCCCGGAUGGGGAGGAGGAAGACGAGGAGGGAGAGGAGGAAGAGGAGGAGGAGGGGGGGGAGGAGGAAGGCGUGGAAGCUGCAGACAUCCUUCACCAACAACGUGAACUGGACGAGGAACGAAACAGAAUCCUGAACGACCAACACAUGAUUGCCGAGGAGAAGGAGCGCUACCUGUCCGAGCUGAAGAGCAAGGAGGCGGAGCUGAACGCAUCCCGGGAGGUGCAAGAGAAGUUGAUGGGACGCAUUCAGACCAUGGAGAGCAAGCUGUUAAGAGGCGGGAAGAACAUCAUCGACCACACCAAUGAGCAGCAGCGAGCCCUUCAGCUGCGGACACAGGAACUCAUGGACCAGAAGAAGAGAGAGAGAGAGAUGCUACAGAGACUCGAAAAAGAAGAGGAGUCAUCAUGUGAAAUCGCCUCCACCUUCUCCUCGCUUCAAGCUGAGGUCGAGGCCAAGACAAGGAAGCUUAAGAAACUGUUCGCCAAGCUGCAGUCCGUCAAGCAGGAGAUGGGCGACCUGCAUGAGGAGUUCUGCCGGGACCGAGUUGACCUCCAGCACACGCAAGAUGUUCUCACGAGGUCAGAGGUCACUGGGGUCCUCAUUGUAUCUCAUUUUCUAACCUCAAAACCAAAGAAUUCAUAGAGUUUAGGAUUUUAGGUUUAAAUUUUAAUCUCCAAGCUGGCGUUCCCUCAGCUGCGACCGGUGGUGAAGCAGACCGGUGGGACCCUUAAAAGGCCAGUCUCCUCGGCCUCUCGCAGACCCACGUCAGAGUACGCUCGCAUCCAGGCCUCGGUCGACCACAACCCUCGAUAUAAGGGUGAAAACAUAAUGGUGGUGGAACUGGACCCAGCCGUUCGGACCACAAGGGACUGGGAGGGUCCGCUGGUGGCUCCCAGGGUGGCGGCAGCCUUGGAAGCUGCCCUCACCCCCCUGGAUGAUGACCUCAGUAUUGAUGCGUCCCUGGCAACCCUGAGCAGGCCCCGAGCGGUCGUGUCGUCACGGAAGGAGAAGACGAAGGGAAAGAGGUCCCCAGGGGCUAGAGUGGACUUUGCUGCCCUCAUAAACAGUCACAAAAAGACCCUCAACUCUGUCCUGCUGGAGGUUCAAGAGUGGCAUUCGCCCCCCCUCGCAGGUGCCGGACAGUUCACUCUACCCAAAGUCCCGCGGUCUGGUGCCCAAGUAGCCCUGGUACCCCAGUGGACCCCACGAGGCAGCCGGGCCACGGAGGACCACUAUGACGACGACAGCGACCCAGAGUUCUUCAGGGACCCUCAGAUGCCCCCAGAUGAUCCCCCAGAGGCACCCCUUGCAGAGCCUCCGGGGACCCCUGACCCCACGGAUGAGAGUCUCGCGGCAGCCACGGUGAGUCUGGAGGCAUCCCUGGAGGUCCAUGAGUCUGUGGGUGGGUGCUGUCGCCUCCUCAUGGGUCCAUUCGGGGUCCGGCGUACCUGCUAUCACUGUCGGCCUCAAGUCAAGCGUUGUCUGGCAGUGGCUUCCCAGCGACAACACUUCUGCCACCCCAACACACCUUCCCUUUGUGGCAGGUUGAGAUUUCUUCAUAGACUCCCAUCCUUACCUUCCUCCUCCUCACCUCCUUCCUCCUCUCGUACAUGGAGAAGAAGCAUAUCCCUCCACGCCAGUCCUCCGGAUCUCCCCAGAAGCUUCAGUUCCCUGCUCAGAAGAGGCUUAACAGCACACAGACACGCACUCCCGCCACGCUGCUACGAACGCGUCCUCUGGCGACUUACCCCAGCGCUCUGGAGACGUCUCGAGAUGUGUCUGUCGCAGCUUACAAACACCGAGACCCACAGCAUCCUCACGCCAGUCAUGUACUCCCUCAGAAGGCUCCAGGGGAUGGCUCCAAGGAGGCUCGUCUAUUCCCCCAGUGGUGACAGCUAUGGGGAUGCCGAGAGGGAGAGAGACGACCUGGUGUGUGCUGUGUGUAUAUGCUGUGUAGCGCUGUUUGUCUGUAGGUUGUGGGAAGGGUUGUGUGGCCUCCUGGAUGAGAUUCUGGGGUGCUGGUAGCUGUGUUAGUGUGUGUGUCUGUGUGUGUGUGUGUGUGUGUGUUUGUGGAAAAGAAGAGAAAAUGAGAGACUGAAAGAAUGAGAAAAGAAGUAAGAAUGUAGAAAAAAUAUGUAAGGAAGAGAAAGGAAGGAAAAUAUUAAUAAAGAAAGGAAGAAUGGAAAGUUAAAAGAUAAAGAGUAAAGAAGGAAAAUAUAAAGGAAGGAAGAUUAAGAAAGAUAAAAGUAAGAAUGCAAAAGAGUGAAAAAAAACAAGACUGUGUGUAUGUGUGUGUGUGUGUGUGUGUGUAGCGAUGGAGUUGCUUACAAGAGAUUUCAGGAGUCAUCUUUCUGGCUACCUCUGCAAUCUGACUCAUGAAUUUUCCCAAGCUGCCUCUUCAAACCUUCCCCUAUAUAAGGCUCACCUAUAAAUUAGAGAAGGAAUUACUCACACACAUAAUGAGAGAACAAGUCAAUUAGGCGUAGAAAUAUUGCACUCUGAAGAUUACAAAGGCUUUCAAAAUGCUGUAAACUUAUCUUUAAUUUAUUUUCUUGCAUUGCUGCUCUCUGCUUCUAUCUGUCUCUCAUUCUCUCUCUGUUUCAUGUACUCAUAAUGUGUUUACCAGCAACCUAUAACCAAGGAAACAAAGGAAGUACAGUAACGUAAUUUAUGGAACUUUUAAAAAUCCAUUGAUAUUUGAUAUAAAAGUUAGACUAAAGCAGGAAAGAAAACAUUUGGAAGUAUAGUAACGUAAUGGAAGGAAAUUUUAAAUGAAUAUCCGUUGAAAUUAUGUGAAAAGUCAAAAUCGAAAGCAGAAAAGAAGCAUGAAUUUGGGUCUGGGAUUAAAAGAGCAUGGUUCAUAAUUCCUCCCAGAUACGGUAAUUGGCUCCAGCAUAUCGUGAGGGAAGCACAGUAACAUAAUCGAUGGAACCUAUUAAUACGUAUCUGUUGAAAUUACGUAAAAAGUCAAACCGAAACCAGAAAUAAAAAACAGUUGUGGUCUGGGAUUUAAAAAGAAUGGUUAAUAUUUCCUCACGAAUGCAAAUAAUUGACUCCAGCAUAUCGUGAGGGAAGCACAGUAAUGUAAUCGAUGGGCCUUUUAAUAAGUAUCCAUUGAAAUUACGUAAAAAAUCAAACUGAAAGCAGAAAUAAAAAUACAGUUGUGGUCUGGGAUUUAAAAAGAAUGGUUAAUAUUUCCUCACGAAUACAACAAUUGGAUUCAGCAUAUUGGCAUCGUAGCAUAACACUUGCUUUGCAUUGACGUGUUGUAACACUUUAUUUCAUCACUUUUGUAAGUAUAGUCCAAAAUAAUGAUUGACAUGAUUAUAAUGCUCUCUCUCUCUCUCUCUCUCUCUCUCUCUCUCUCUCUCUCUCUCUCUCUCUCUCUCUCUCUCUCUCUCUCUCUCUCUCUCUCUCUCUCUCUCUCUCUCUCUCUCUCUCUCUCUCUUUCUAUCUAUCUGUCUAUCAAGUUUCAGCAACAUCAAAACAAAGGUCAGUAACAUUUGCAUCAUUCAGGCCAACACUAAUGAUCCGGGAUUUCAAAGGUGCCUUAUAAAAAUUGGCUACAUCCCACUUACAUUAAUUUUGUUCUCUUUUCCCAUGAAGUAGAGGAGAUAGGGUUAGCUUGUGUGUGUGUGUGUGUGUGUGUGUGUGUGUGUGCGAUGCAGCUACUUACAUGUUUGCAGAUACAUGUCACAAUAUUUUUGGUGUUUCCGUAAAUGUACCGUUUAAUUAUUUCUCGGACCAAGUGUUGACGUGCUCCAUCUAUUUAUUUCCAUAGGUCUGUAUUCUUAAAUGUAUCGGGUUCCCA